CCCUGCCGCUCUCACUCUCACUCUCACUUCUCAUAUAUAUAUAUAAUAAUUAUAUAUAUAUAUCCCUGUUCUUGUUCAUCAAAUAGAGUAUAAACCCCCGCCUUUUGAUUCUCCCUGUUUCCCUCUCACUCUGUAAUCAGCCAUGAGUCUUUUCGGCCUUGGCAGGAAUCAGAGAACAUUCCGUCCGAAGAAAAGUGCUCCAUCUGGCAGUAAAGGAGCACAGCUAAGGAAGCACAUCGAUUCUACUUUAGGCAGUGGGAACUUACGAGAAGCUGUAAGAUUACCUCCUGGCGAGGAUAUUAAUGAAUGGCUUGCUGUCAACACUGUGGAUUUCUUCAACCAGGUGAAUCUCCUCUACGGCACCCUCACCGAGUUCUGUACGUCCGAGAAUUGCUCGACAAUGUCGGCCGGACCUAAGUAUGAGUACCGAUGGGCCGAUGGCGUUAACAUCAAGAAACCUAUCGAAGUCUCGGCUCCUAAGUACGUCGAAUAUCUGAUGGACUGGAUCGAAACUCAGUUGGACGACGAGUCCUUAUUUCCUCAAAAACUUGGCACGCCGUUCCCUCCUAAUUUCAAAGACGUCGUGAAGACAAUAUUUAAGCGCUUAUUUCGCGUAUACGCGCACAUAUAUCACUCCCAUUUUCAGAAGAUUGUUAGCCUAAAAGAAGAGGCACAUCUAAACACUUGCUUCAAGCAUUUCAUUCUGUUCACUUGUGAAUUUAAUCUAAUUGACAAGAAGGAACUUGCUCCACUCCAAGAACUCAUUGAAUCCAUUGUCCCUGCUGCCUACUGAACUUAUUGCAAAAGAGUCUUCUUACUAUUGUAAGAAAUUAGCUGCUGACUAUCUUCUUUGUAUGACAUGUCUUGUUCGGACAAAGUUUGUGUAAAUUUAAAUAUUCCCACCCAAA